UUUUUUUCAAAGAGGGAUAAAGAGUAGAUGUCAUUUUAAGAAUUUUUAACAAGGUAAUUCAUGGAAGGUUUCAGCAGACAGAUUUCCUGCACUAAGCAGGAAGAGUAAAAAAAAACAUAUAACUGUGUUACCAUGUUUAUAUCGCAAUAACAUUUCCGGGCAAUUUGAAGUGAAGAAUACAUACAGGUGAUGCAAAAAAUGUGAAUAUAUUGGAAUAUAUUGCUUUAUAAUGAGAUAUGGUCAUUAAUUUACUUUGUUCAAUAUGUCAAUAUGUUUUUUUUGUGCAGUUAAUCAUGCACAAAGAAAUAUGACCUAAACACACAGAAAGAUGUUGGAUGAUGCAGACUAACACAGAUCAAGAUUAAGGCCACAUUUUGAUGAGAGAGAUGAGGGAGCACUAUUUUGUCUGAAAUGUUUCAAUAAAAUGUAUUUGUACAUGCCAUGAUUGUCAAACUGAACACUUUUUUGGUGAUCAUCAACAGUCCUUUUGAGCGCCUAUGACAUGAUUAGAAUGUUCCAAGGUUCCUUGAUGACAUCACAUCUCUUUAUGUCAAUGGAACGCCUUCAGAUAUCAAACAGAAUCCAGAUCCUGUCAGACAAACACUGAACUUGUUGAGAGCACCUACUCACAGUUUUGUUACCACUUGUUGACGAUUUAGUCCGUUAUCUUUCUGAUACUCAUGGCUAACCGAGAGACAUCAAAACACCUCCUGCAACGGCAGAAGAACUUCAUUGAUCAUGAUACACCUGAGAGUUACAGGAGAGAACAUGGCCUCAGCGACAGGAAUGUGCUGAAUGAACGCGCAGAGAGACUGUGCGCUUCACAGAAAGCCCUCUGUGAUGCUGUUCUGAAGAGACUGGGACUCUCCAACCAGCAGGACACCCUCACCUCAUCUCAGUCCCCAGUUUCACCCAGGAGGUGCCCUGAAUCCUCUCUACAAGGAGGGAACACCAGUCGGCCAACCAGCACUAACCAGACGCUGAAUGAACGUGCAGAGAGACUCUGCGCUUCACAGAAAGCGUUCUACGAUGCAGUGCUGGAGAGACUGGGGAUCUCCAAGCAGCACGAGACCCUCCCCUCACUUCAGCCACCAGCUUCACCCAAAAAAAGCCCUAAAUCUUCUCUGCGAAGAGGGAACAUCAGGCACGGUCUGAAGUUACCCCCCAUUGUGGACAAGAACAGCAGUCAGAGACCGUGCACUUCACAAGAAGGCCUCUACCAUUCAGUUCUGGAGGGACUGGAACUGAAUGACGAGCAUGAAGAGGACCCCUUCUUUGAGGAGAAGUUGCGUGUGGGUAGCAAGAGGGCAAUGCUUGCCUGUAAGCUGGCUAAGACUGAAGCCAGAAGGCCAAGUUCAGUCACCUCCAUCUGCUCUGCAGACAGCCUCAGCUCUGUGGACAAACACACUCCCAGUGAGCUGAGGGCUAUACCGCAGAUACGAAGCCCUGUUUCCUCACCCUUCACCCCUACUCUUCCUCCCACAGCAGCUCCAUUAACCAGGAGAGCAUCUCGUCUCCCAGUGAUGUCUGCAAACCUUGGUGGAACACUCAAAGAGGUAGCUGAUGGAUGCAAGUUGUGGUCACAUAAAGGUAAGGUUGAGGAAUUAGUGCAACGAUUCCAGCUCGUCAACCUCCCUUCACCUCAACCACCAGUGGCUGCUAGAAAGACGGCAGCAAGGACCCCUGUUGUUCCAGCACCUCCAACAACAGCUGCCCCACCCAAGAGAGGAGGACCUCGUCGUGGGACAAACCUCCGUCCCCAAAAGACUGACAAAAGAGCAUGUCAGGAUGAGCUCCAGCCCCUGGCCAUGCCUUCAGAGAGCCUGUCCCUCUGCUUCAAGCAGCUCAAAUCAGAUGACUGGGAGGAGAAAAUUAAUGGAUUAAAAUCCAUUCAAGCUCUGGCAAGACACCAUCCACAACUUCUGCAGACUAAACUGCAUGAAGUCUGCCUGGCUCUCAUAAAAGAGGUGAACAAUCUGCGCUCUAGUGUGGCCUGUGCUGCUAUGGAGUCUAUAGCUCAGCUCCAUAUUUACCUGGGGAAGGCCAUGGACCCAGAGGCAGAGGUGACAGGUCGCACCCUGCUGCUGAAGUUGGCACAGACAACUAAUGACUUCAUUCACCAGCACGCCAAUCAUGCCUUGGAUGCUCUGGUGGAGGGCUGCAGUCCUGGUAGAGUCGUGACCGCUCUACUCAACACAGGGCUGAGUCAUCUGUGUGCUGCAGUGAGGGGGAGCACAGCCAAGCACCUCCACCUGCUGGCAGAGAUUGUAGGGGAGGAUCACAUCUUGACAGGAGGGAAGAUGUUCACAGAGCGUUUCCUAUCUGCUGUCUGUAAGAUGUCUGUGGAUGCUGCACUGGACGUCAGGCAUUACGGACACAAGAUGCUCCAGGCACUUGUUCUCCAGAGGGAGUUUACCGGCCUGUGGAAUAAGGUCAUCCCAGUGAAAGACAGGCAUCCACUGGAGAAGAUCAUUAAGAAAAUGGUGCAGUAGGGGUCAUUAGGCUGGCAUGGAGGUGCAGUGGUUAGCACUCGUCUCACAGGAAGCAGGCUGUAGUAAGAACUUUAAGACUAGCUGGAGCCUUUCUGUGUGGAGUUUGCAUGUCCUCCCCGUGCCAGGUGGGUUUUCUCUGGGUACUCCAGUUUCCUCCCACAGUCCCAAAGACAUGCAGGUUAGGUUAAUUGGCCACACUAAAUUGCCCCGUAUUUGUGAAUGUGUAUGUGAAUGGUUGUCUAUAUGUGAUAGACUGGUGACCUGUUCAGAGUGUAUCAUGAACAAGUCACCAGUCUAUCACAGGGCUUAAAGCUUAAAGCUGGGAUAGUCUGCAGACUCUACCCCACAGACCACUGAACAAUUGGCCUAAAACAAUAAAAAAUGUAACAAAAUGUUCUGUUUAUAUAUUCGUCAUCAUUCAAUCAUUUACUAAUGUAAUAUUAUCUCUUUCUGUGCUUUUUAAUUGUCUUGACUGGUGUUCAACAUGUUGCAAAUUUAAUUUUAACAGUGAUCCAUUUUUGGGAAAGUAACAAGGUGGUUCCUUUCUAUGCUGAUUUUCUGUGUUGCUUUACUAUUAAACACAAUCCUAAUAUCACAA